AUGCCAGUGACGGAUUUUCAGGGAACAUUUGGUCGGUCGCUGCUAAGUUUCCGGCGAGACCAAGUUGACUCAAACACAGUCCUCACCGGAACUAGCCCCAACAUGGACGCUGAGCUUGACUCUUUCCAGAGACAAGUCGCCGAGAGAUUCAUCGAUCUCAACGCCUCCUCCUCCGGUGUUGAGCUUCUCUCCCUCGAAUGGAUCGGAAACCUCCUCGACUCCUUCCUCUGCUGCCAAGAGGAGUUUCGCGCCAUCGUCUUCAACCACCGCUCCCAAAUCUCCACAUCUCCGAUGAACCGUCUCAUCUCCGAUUACUACGAACGCAGCAUCAAAGCCCUCGACGUCUGCAACGCGAUCCGCGACGGUAUCGAGCAGAUCCGACAGUGGCAGAAGCUCUCCGACAUCGUGAUAUCGGCUUUGGACAGUCACCGUCCUGUCGGAGAAGGUCAGCUCCGGCGAGCUAAGAAGGCUCUGAUCGAUUUAGCGAUAGGGAUGCUGGACGAGAAAGAUGCGUCUUCCUCUACUACGAGUUUAGCUCAUCGUAACCGUUCGUUCGGGAGAGCUAAAGACAAUCACAACCGUUCGAUGGGACACUUCAGAUCUCUCUCGUGGAGUGUCUCACGGUCGUGGUCUGCUUCUAAGCAGUUACAAGCGUUAGCGAGUAAUUUAACGACGCCUAAACAAAACGACGUCGCGGCGAGUAACGGUUUAGCUCUACCGGUUUAUACCAUGACUUCGGUUUUGUUGUUUGUGAUGUGGGUUUUGGUGGCUGCGAUUCCUUGUCAGGACCGUGGGUUGCAAGUUAACUUCUUUGUGCCGAGGCAGUUCCAGUGGGCGGCUCCGGUUAUGUCGUUGCACGAUAAGAUCGUGGAGGAGUCGAAGAGGAGGGAGAGGAAGAAUUGUUGUGGGUUGCUUAAAGAGAUUGGUCGGAUUGAGAAGAGUUCGAGGGUGAUGAAUGAGUUGGUUGAUUCGAUUCAUUUUCCGAUGAGUGAGGAGAAGGAGAGUGAGGUGAAACAGAGAGUGGAGGAGCUUGUGGAGGUUCAUGAGGCUUUGAAGAAUGGGUUGGAUCCGUUUGAGAGGAAAGUAAGAGAGGUUUUUCAUCGGAUUGUGAGAAGUAGAACCGAGAGUCUUGAUUCUCUUUGUUAAUGGUCUUUGUCCUGAUGAACUUGUUUGUUUGUCCUAAUAUGAUGAUUCAUAUUAGGAUUUUUUUUUUAUCACUGUGAAAAAAGAGUGUAGAAGUCUUCUUCUUAUCUCUCUGUGAAGUUGAUAGUGAUGAUGUUUUUCUUUGUGUAGCUACUUGACUAGCUUUUUAGUGGUUUACCAGAACAAAGGUUGCUUACUUUUGAUACAGUUUGUUAGAUUUGAGGUUUUAUUUUGUUUUGUAACUAUUGGUUUCGGUUACAUUCAAGACUCGAAAGAAUCAUGGAGAGUAAAAAAAUAAAACUUUUCAUUAUAUUGAUUAUGUUUCUACACAGUAACAAACAAUACAAAGACAUAAAACCUUAUAA